UGCCCGGUGCUCAGCGCAGGCGCCGUGCGCGCGGGUCCUGUGGAGCGCGUGCGAGGUAGGAGCGCGCGGCGGAGCCAUGGACGACGAGGAGGAGACCUACCGGCUCUGGAAGAUCCGCAAGACCAUCAUGCAGCUGUGCCAUGACCGUGGCUACCUGGUGACCCAGGAUGAGCUGGACCAGACAUUGGAAGAGUUCAAAGCCCAGUUUGGGGACAAGCCGAGUGAAGGGCGGCCUCGGCGCACCGACCUCACGGUGCUGGUGGCCCACAACGAUGACCCCACUGACCAGAUGUUUGUCUUUUUCCCAGAGGAGCCCAAGGUGGGGAUCAAGACCAUCAAGGUCUACUGCCAGCGCAUGCAGGAGGAGAACAUCACCCGGGCCCUCAUUGUCGUGCAGCAGGGCAUGACACCCUCCGCCAAGCAGUCUCUGGUGGACAUGGCCCCCAAGUACAUCCUGGAGCAGUUCUUGCAGCAGGAGCUGCUCAUCAACAUCACAGAGCACGAGCUGGUCCCGGAGCAUGUGGUCAUGACCAAGGAGGAGGUGACUGAACUGCUGGCCCGAUACAAACUCCGGGAGAACCAGCUGCCCAGGAUCCAGGCAGGAGACCCCGUGGCGCGCUACUUUGGGAUAAAGCGAGGGCAGGUGGUGAAGAUCAUCCGGCCCAGCGAGACAGCGGGCAGGUACAUCACCUACCGGCUGGUGCAGUAGCCAUGCAGCAGGUGCCUGGUUCAGUGAUGCCCUGCUCCUUCCUGCCCAGACUCCAGAGAUGGCACAGGUGAACGUGACCACUGUCAGAUGGACAGCCUGCCUGCCUGCCUGCCUGCAGGAAUCCACCUUCAUCCUCCACUUUUGAGGGCAGCAGCCUCUACUUUGGUUUACCUUCUACUUUGGUGACCUGGGGCAAGGUCACCUCUGGCCUGGCCUGGCUGGCCUGUGGCUUGGGAGGGGCGUGACCCAGGUCCUUGUGCAUCCUGGCACUGGCUCCCCUGCAGGAGGGGCUCCGGUCUGCAUCUCCCAGGCUCUGCCCUGUUGUGCAGCCCUCACCCCGGCCUGGGCCACCCUGGACCUGAGGACUGAGCCCCCACCUGGACAUCUCCCUGACUCCAUCGCUGACUGCCAGUGCAAGGCUAUAGCUAGCUCCUUGGGAGGUUUUGGUUGUCAGAGAAUUCUGUGUGGUUUAAAAAUAAAGAAUAUUUUGAGUA